AUGUUAAUAAAUCCUAUCAAAGGAUUUAUCGUUCGACCACCUUCAACUUGGACUAUUUUUCAAUUUACCAAACGAAACUCGUCCACGACAUCGUCAUCAACUAAAUUAACUGCAAGUUAUUAUCAUCAUGCAUCAUCACUUCCAUUUAUUUAUAAAACAUUAGGUCAAAGUUUUGAUGAAACAGCAAAUAAAUAUCCUAAUGAUGAAUGUUAUGUCUUUAAAAGUGAACAAAAACGAUAUACAUUUAAAUCAUUCAAAGAUGAAGUUGAUAGCUUAGCUGCUUCACUUCUUGAAUUAGGUUUUGAAAAAAAUGAUCGAUUUGCUGUUUGGUUACCAAAUACAUCAGAAAAUGUUGCUAUGUCUUUUGUUGCAUCGAAAUUAGGUCUUAUCAAGGUAAACAUAAAUCCAGCUUAUGUUGGACGUGAACUUGAAUAUUGCAUAAAUAAAGUUGGAUGUAAAGGUAUUCUUCUUCCACCAUCAGUCAAAACAAUUGAUUCAUUAUCAAUACUUCGUCAUCUUGCACCCGAACUUGAUCAACAACCAUCAACAAAGGAAUUAUCAUUAAAAAAAUUACCAACAUUAAAACAUAUUAUUCUUACUGGUAAACAAUCAUCGGCAUCAUCACCAAUACAUUCAUAUAAAAAUUUAUUAGAACAUGGUGUUAAAAUAUCUCAUAAUAAAUUACAUGAACGACAAGCAUCUGUUAAUCCUGAUUCACCUGUUGCAAUAUUUUAUACAUCAGGUACAACAGGACAUCCAAAAGCAGCAACACUAACAAAUUUUGGUAUGAUUAAUAUGUCGAAAGGUAUAACUGAGCAUCUCGGACAAUAUUUUACUCGUCUUUGUGCUCCUAUUCCAAUGUUUCAUAUUUUUUCUGAAGUGGUCGGUGUACUUAGUGUAGCAACAUCAAACUGUCAAAUAGUUUUUCCAGCUAUUUUGCCUGAUCCUGUCGCCACUAUGCGUGCAAUACAUGAAGAAAAAUGUACAGCUAUGAUAGGUGCUCCAAUUAUUUUUCGUGACAUAUUAGGUCAUUCAGAUAGAAAAAAAUAUGAUUUAAGUUCAUUAGUUUACUGUGGAUUAGGUGCUAGUCCAAUGAAUAUUGAAUUUUUACGUCGUUUAGAAAAAGAAAUUCCUAUUAAACGUGUUGCACAACUUUAUGGAAUGACAGAAAAUGCUGCGAUUCUUACAAGUAGUAUGUGGACUGGUGAUGAAAAUGAAACACGUCGUCUGUCUUCAUUAGGUCGUUGUAUGCCACGUUUAGAAAUAAAAGUAGUUGAUCGAGAAGGAAAUGCAGUACCUGUUGGUCAACAAGGUGAAAUAUGGGCACGAGGUUUUCCUAUUAUGAUUGGAUAUUAUGGUGAUCCACAGAAAACAAACGAAGCAAUAACAUCAUCCGGUUGGCUUCGAACAGGUGAUGAAGGUCGAAUGGAUGAAGAUGGUUAUCUUUAUUAUAUUGGUCGUCAAAAAGAGCUGAUUAUCCGUGGUGGUGUUAAUAUUUAUCCAAUUGAAAUUGAAAAUGCAAUUAAUGAACAUUCAAGUGUUGCUGAAUCACAAGUUUUUUCUAUUCCAGAUACACGGCAUGGUGAAGAAGUAUGUGCAUGGAUUAAAUUAAAACCAAAUGCAUUAAAAUGUCAACCUGCAGAUAUUGUAAAAUUUCUUUCUGAUAAAAUAGCUUUUUUCAAAAUUCCUAAGUAUAUUCGUAUUGUUGAUAAAUUUAUAGUAACAUCAACAGGAAAAGUACAAAAAUUCAAAAUGUCUGAAGCAAUGAUUAAUGAAUUAAAUAAAAACAAAUAG